AUGGGCGGCAAAGAUAGCAUGUUUCGGUACGCUGAUAGCAAAGACAAGGUCUUGAUGUUCUUUGGGGUUUUGGGCAGCAUUGGAGAUGGAUUGCAAUAUCCUCUCACAAUGUAUGUUCUUAGCCAUGUUAUCAAUGAAUUUGGAAGCUCCGGUAAAUCUGUGUCUAAUGAUACCAUAAACAAGUAUUCUCUCAAUCUGCUGUAUGUUGCAAUUGCUGUUGGACUUUCUGCUUUUGUUGAAGGACUGUGUUGGACAAGAACCGCGGAGAGACAGACUUCUAGAAUGAGAAUGGAGUACCUGAAAUCCGUCCUCAGACAAGAAGUUGGAUUCUUUGACACCCAAGAAGCUGGUUCUUCCACCACUUAUCAAGUUGUCUCAACAAUCUCUAAUGAUGCCAAUUCAAUCCAAGUAGCAAUAUGCGACAAGAUCCCCAAUUGCCUUGCAUAUAUGUCAACCUUCGUCUUCUGCCUCAUGACUUCUUACAUGCUAUCAUGGAAGCUUGCACUGGCAGCUCUUCCUCUCACAUUGAUGUUCAUUAUCCCGGGACUUGUAUUUGGGAAGCUCAUGAUGGAUGUGAUAAUGAAAAUGAUCGAAUCGUAUGGAGUUGCUGGCGGUAUAGCAGAACAAGCUAUUUCUUCGAUAAGAACUGUAUAUUCAUAUGUAGCAGAGAAUCAAACACUUGAUAAGUUCAGUCGCGCACUUCAACACACCAUGGAAUUAGGAAUAAAGCAAGGUUUCUCAAAGGGACUGUUGAUGGGGAGCAUGGGAAUGAUUUAUGUAGGCUGGUCUUUUCAGGCUUGGUUCGGUACUUAUUUGGUCACAGAAAAAGGAGAAAGAGGUGGUUCUAUCUUCGUAGCUGGAAUCAAUAUCAUCAUGGGAGGACUGAGUGUUUUAGGUGCACUCCCAAAUCUAACUUCCAUCACAGAGGCAAUGGCUGCUUCUACUCGUAUCUCUCAAAUGAUUGAUCGAACUCCUAGUAUAGACUCGGAGGAUAAGAAGGGCAAGGCUUUAUCAUAUGUAAGAGGAGAAAUUGAGUUUCAGGACAUAUAUUUUAAUUAUCCAUCAAGGCCUGAUACCCCAGUCUUGCAAGGGUUAAAUCUCAGAAUUCCAGCUGGUAAGACGGUUGGUCUUGUGGGAGGCAGUGGUUCUGGAAAGUCCACAGUCAUUUCAUUGCUCCAAAGAUUUUAUGACCCCAACGAAGGAGAAAUUCUCUUGGAUGGACACAAAGUAAAUAGACUUCAGCUCAAAUGGUGGAGAUCACAAAUGGGUUUGGUUAAUCAAGAACCAGUCCUCUUUGCAACAUCUAUAAAGGAGAAUAUAUUGUUUGGGAAAGAAGGAGCCUCGAUGGAAGAUGUGACCAAUGCUGCCAAGGAUGCAAAUGCUCAUGACUUCAUAACUAAGUUACCAGAUGGAUAUGAAACUCAAGUUGGUCAAUUUGGAUUCCAACUAUCUGGUGGCCAAAAGCAGAGAAUUGCCAUAGCCAGGGCUCUGAUCAGGGACCCCAAAAUCCUGCUUCUUGAUGAAGCAACCAGUGCACUGGAUACACAGUCUGAAAGAAUAGUUCAGGACGCAAUUGACCAGGCAUCGAAAGGAAGGACAACAAUCACCAUUGCGCAUCGCCUCUCCACAAUCAGAACAGCAAACCUGAUUGUGGUUCUUCAAGCAGGGAUAGUAAUUGAAUCAGGUUCUCAUGAACAGCUAAUGCAAAUAAAUGACGGACAAGGUGGGGAAUAUUUCCAGAUGGUGCAGUUGCAGCAGAUGGCAGCACAAAAUGAAGCUUCUAAUGAUGUCAAUUAUCACAAUGACGGACAUAGCUUCCAUAAGAUGAGUCCUGCACCAAGUCCACUUAGUGUGAGAAGAAGCACUCCUGGCACUCCAAUGUUAAGCCCCUUCAGCCCUGCAUUCUCUAUGGGCACCCCUUAUUCCUUCUCAAUCUAUGAUCCGGCCGAUGAAAGUUUCGAAGAUGACUUUUACCAACUGAAUUAUCCGGCUCCUUCGCAGUGGCGUCUGCUGAAAAUGAAUGCACCAGAAUGGGGAAGUGCCUUGAUUGGAUGCUUGGCUGCAAUAGGUUCUGGGGCAGUUCAACCUAUUAAUGCUUACUGCGUGGGAUCACUCAUAUCAAACUACUUCCUCGCCGACAAAUCCGCCAUCAUGCAAAAAUCCCACAGACUGUCCCUUGUUUUCUUAGGCAUCGCUGCUCUAGAUUUUACCACCAGUCUCCUCCAACAUUACAAUUUCGCAGUUAUGGGAGAAAAGCUGACAAAGAGAGUACGUGAGAAACUGCUAGCAAAGCUUAUGAGUUUUGAAAUAGGGUGGUUUGAUGAUGAUGAGAACACAAGUGCAGCAAUUUGUGCAAGGCUAGCCACUGAAGCCAGCAUGGUUCGAUCCCUUGUUGGGGACCGGAUGUCAUUGCUGGUUCAAGCAUUCUUCGGGUCACUGUUUGCUUAUACAGUAUCGCUUAUUCUCACGUGGAGGCUAGCCCUUGUGAUGAUUGCAGUGCAGCCAUUGGUUGUUGGGAGCUAUUAUUCAAAGAGUGUUUUGAUGAAAAGUAUGGCAGGAAAAGCACAAAAAGCUCAGAAGGAAGGAAGUCAACUGGCAAGUGAAGCUGUUAUUAACCAUAGAACCAUAACUGCAUUCUCUUCUCAAAGGAGAAUGUUGGGGCUUUUCAGAGCCACCUUGAGAGGUCCCAAAGAGGAGAGUUCUAGACACUCUUGGCUGUCAGGUUUUGGCCUGUUUAGCUCGCAAUUUUUUAACACAGCUUCUACUGCACUAGCUUUCUGGUAUGGUGGGAGGCUUUUGAUUGAAGAGUUAAUAUCCCCGGAGCACCUUUUCCAGGCAUUUUUGAUACUGCUCUUCACUGCUUAUGUCAUUGCAGAAGCUGGAAGUAUGACCAAUGAUUUAUCGAAAGGAGGGAAUGCCAUUCGAUCAGUGUUUGCAAUCCUAGAUAGGAAAAGCGAGAUUGACCCAAAUAACUCUCGGGGUGCUUCGGACAUCAAAAAGAAGUUAAAGGGCCAAGUAGAGCUCAACAAUGUCUUCUUUGCAUAUCCAACUAGACCAGACCAAAUGAUCUUCAAGGGGUUGAACCUUAAAAUAGAUGCAGGGAAGACAGUGGCACUGGUUGGGCCAAGUGGUUCUGGAAAGUCUACCAUCAUAGGACUUAUCGAGAGGUUUUACGAUGCCAUGAAAGGAACAGUUCUUAUUGAUGGACAGGACAUAAAGAGCUACAAUCUGAGAUUGCUGAGAUCUCAUAUUGCAUUAGUCAGUCAGGAACCAACACUGUUUGCUGGCACUAUCCGUGAAAAUAUUGCCUAUGGUAAAACGGAUGCAAAUGAACAUGAGAUACGGAAGGCUGCAGUUCUUGCCAAUGCACAUGAAUUUAUCAGUGGAAUGAAAGAUGGGUACGAUACCUACUGUGGAGAAAGAGGAGUUCAGCUGUCAGGAGGUCAAAAACAAAGGAUAGCACUUGCUCGUGCCAUAAUCAAGGACCCCUCAAUCCUCUUGUUGGAUGAGGCAACUAGUGCACUUGACAGUGUGUCAGAGAGCUUAGUUCAAGAGGCACUUGAGAAGAUGAUGGUUGGCAGAACAUGUGUAGUCAUCGCUCAUCGGCUCUCAACGAUACAGAAAUCUAACUGCAUUGCUGUUAUCAAGAAGGGAAAAGUUGUGGAAAAAGGCUCACACGGUGAGCUAAUGAAAUUGGGUCAUGGAGGAGCAUACCACUCUCUGACAAAACUACAAAGCUGA